AUACAAAUUAGAACUUGGGAUACUGCAUGCCUUUGUUCCCGAACCCAAAUCAAUUCAUCGAAUCGGAAACUCCACAGUUUUAUAGUAUAUUCGGCGUUUUAAAAUGUUAUAUUAAGUAUUGAUAUUCGGAAUGAUUUUAGUUGGCAAUCCUUUUGAUUAGAACAUUUUGAUCUCCGGAGACGCCCUAGUUUUUGAAGACCAAUCUAGAAUUCGUAUAGCUUUUAAUUAUCAUUUUGACGGAGAUGACAGAGAAAGCAUGUCUAAAACGCCUUCAGAAGGAUUAUAGAGCAAUUUGUAAAGAACCUGUUCCCCAUGUAGUGGCCCGUCCUCAACCAAAUGACAUCCUCGAGUGGCAUUACGUGUUGGAGGGAAGCAUAGGAACACCAUAUGCAGGUGGAUAUUACCAUGGAAAGAUAAUAUUUCCUGCAGAGUAUCCUUUCAAACCUCCAGGAAUCAGUAUGAUUACUCCCAGUGGGCGCUUCAAACCACAAAAGAAGCUUUGCCUUUCUAUGAGUGAUUACCAUCCUGAGAGUUGGAAUCCCAUGUGGUCUGUCUCCACGAUUUUGACAGGACUCCUUUCCUUCAUGAUGGACAGCAAUCCUACCUCAGGCAGUGUGACAACUACUGUAGAAGAGAAAAAGAGGCUUGCAAAAGCUUCUCUGGCUUUUAAUUGUAAAAACCCAAUCUUUAACAAGCUUUUUCCAGAAUAUGUCGAGAAAUAUGAAGAGCAGUUAGCAGCUGAACAACCGAGAGAGCAGGCAUCUACUCCAGAUGAAACAUCAGAACCCUCGUUGAAGAAAACUAAAGCAAAGAAGGAGCUGAAAACAGUAGAAGGUCCAAUUAAUCAGAGGCAACAAUCUUUCCCAAUGUGGUUGUUACUCUUAUUAUUUUUCAUUUUUGGUAGUGUUAUGGCCCUGCCUUUGCUUGCUUAGAGUGGGUUGCGGGUUUUGAGUGUGCUUAGAGGACUCGAGCAUCUUCAAUCUCGACGGGGUACUUUUGAUUUCUUGAUGCCCUCUUACGCUCAUGGUUAUAUACUUAGUAGUUUGUAUAGAGAUCGUGCUGAUGAAGAGGGAUCAAUUUGAUGCGAUUCUCUUAAUUUCUGUGAUCUGGUUCUUGAUAUUAUGAUGAUUCCAUAAGCAUCUGCUGUCAUUGUUGGUUCA